UAAACCUGACAUAUAAGAUUUACCCUAAAUGAGAUUUCAAACCUCUAUGAAAUAUCGUUGUGUUUACAUUUUUGUAUCCGGGUUGUCUAAAUUUGCACAUGCGCCAUAAAUUUGUACACAUGCGCAGUAACUUUUUAAACACGCACAAUGAGUUUAUCCGCAUGCGCAAUAGUUAAGGGCGCGAAAUGUGAAAUUUCAUUUUAUUUUUUUAGACCGACAUGAAAUCAACACCGAAAAGAGUUUCAUUUCGGUGUUGAUUUUAAGCUUUUUCCUUCUUGUUUUUUUUCUCUCCUAAGGCAGGUCUUUUGCUUACCAGCUGUUUUGUUAAGCAUUUUAAACAAGUUUUGGUGAUAAAAAAAUGUGUACUGCGGCGGUGCACUUAACGUCCGAUUUAUUCUUUUAAAAACCACUUUCUUAUAAAAAGUAUAAUUUAUUUUUUUGGAUAAGCUAUUUUGUUAUGGUCCAUUUUUGUGAAAUUUUGUAGCCUAGCUACCUGCUAACUCGUUUACCUUAUCGGCAACAUAAGUCGGUAAAAUGCGACUCAGUAGUCUAAUAUUUUGUACCGACAUAAAUUUUUUUCAGACUUUUUUACCCACCACACAUCGACUUUAUUGUUUGCCAACUGACUCUUUUAUCAAAAUUUGCUUUUUCUUUUUUAGUGCACUGAGAACUGAAAUCAAAUGCCUUUAAAAUUAGAAUACAAAUGUUAACUAUAUUUUCAGUUAAACAUAUAAAUAUUUUAAAAACGAAUUAACAGUCACUUUCAUUUACAUACUUUUUAUUUUAUAAACUCAACUAUCAAUUAAGUUCAACUAAAAAUUAAGUUCUUUUGGGCGCAAAGUCCAAUUUUAAGGGCGGUCAGUGAAAAGACUGGUCAUGUCAGCGUCUGAAGAUUGACAGAGGGUGGGGGAGAAGAGUAACUCAAUGCUACAAAAAACAAUAUCGCGCCCUGUAAUUAAAAACAUUUACGCGCCUGAUAAAGAGUAAAACUAUACGUAAGAUAAAUUAUUAUUUAUGAACACGCAGAUUAAUCUUUGAUCUAAAUGACAACAACAGAGUUGUGCAAAUUAAUCGAUAUGGACACCAAUUUCCUUUUAUAUGUUAGGUUGGACUGUGAUUAAAUUACAAACUCGAAAAAAAGAACAUCUGUUCACUAGUUUCAUGCCUCCACAUUAAAAAAUUGCGCAACAUGCGCUGCUUCAAGCAAAAUAUUAGUGCCUAGUUCUUCAUUAGUUCGCUUUCAAAGUACUUUUUGAGUAUUUCCAAAACUUUGUAGCAACACAAAAUUGCAAAGUAUUUUUAUUAAAAUAACGACACUUUUACCAAAAUCAUGUUCGUCGAAACAUGUCAAACAAACAAAAAGUGUCGUUAUUUUUAUAAAAAUUCCAGGCAAUCUUGUGUUGCUACAAAGUUUUGGAAAUAUAAUAUUUGAUAUUGCGCACAAGUAUAACGGAGAGCUUACAGUCGGAGACUUAAGUAAGUACGAAACGUUAUCAUACAAAGUUGAAAAGAAGAUUGUAUGUAACUAACUUUUUGAGUACUACUUAUGAGGGAGAGAGGGAGGGAGGGAGGGCUUGCAUGUCUCCUUACUCUUUUUUUCACUAGAAACGACUUUCAACGACGAUCGACUAUCUGGAAGUUUAUUUUGAAUUUUAACGUCGUAUAAUUAGAAAUUGAGGUAAAGGAGAUACAUCUUCUAUAGAGCUAUUAAAAGCAUACUCAAUGGACAAAAUGUUUGUGAUUAUUUGAAAUUUGGGAAGUUAUAGUUGUGUUUAGUUAAUACAGCCCUUAUAAGUCCUUGAGUACAUUGUUUCCAACCUGUUUUAACCCCCUCUCAUGAGAAGUUUUUCAUAUUAGAAAAAAAAUUAACAAGGCCUGGAGAUGAGGUUGGACUAGGUCCAAAAUACAGAACAUUCAUAUGCAAGCUAUUUCACAUAAGCACCGAAAAAAACAAAAACAACACGAGUUACUGGAAUGUGGAUUAAAUAGAAGAUGACAUCGUGUCACAUGAUGUCUUUUGAAGCAUGUCACUAUCUGUCUGUUUCACUUAAGAGGUCACAACGGUUAAAAUUUGGCUACAAUUUCUGAAAGAAUAAAUAAUGUUUUUUAAGAAAACAAAAAACGCAUUGAAACACUUUAACGUGAAUGUGUGCGCACACUUCAAAUAUCACAUGCAUGGUAUUGUUCCAUUGAGGAGGCAUUAUAUUUCUCUAGUGGUUUGAACAACUAUAUAUUUCGGGUUAUCUUUUUGCUGUGUUUGUCUCACCUUACAUAUACCUCCCGUACUGACGUUCUUUGCUGUUGUUAUAUUUAGCGCUACUACACAAUGUGUCUUAAACUCUGGUACACAUUUUGCAGCCGAGUGAAUAAUUUCCUCGAAAAAGUUUUUUAUAUUUUGGGAUAUUUAGUUGCUUCAAGACCACACCUAAUAUUGGCGCUGGUAAUUACACCAUCAUUGCUAAUCAUGGUUGGAUUCAUUAGAUUUUAUGAUUUAAGUCGAAUUGAUCAACUUUAUAUUCCUCAAAAUAGUCAAGCGAUGCAAGACUUAAAUCGUGGAAACCAAUAUUUUACAUUAAAAAUUCGAGUAGAAGAAUUUACACUAAAAUGGAGAAGUAACGAUUCAGUAAUAAAUGAUACUUUAUUUCAAUUGGCUUAUGGUGUACAUAGAUCAAUACUGAGUAUUCAUAACCUUGAGAAUGUCUGUUAUAAAGAUCAUCGAAAUAACUGUGUCGUCAAUUCGCCUUUAGAAAUGUUUAAUUAUAAUCCUGCAAAUUUAAAAGAUGUUUCAAAAACAAUAAAUUACAUCUACACGAAUUCCUCAAUUCUUGCCAGUAAUGGAAGAGUAGCAAAAAUGAAUUAUCCCGAUUUUUUCGGAUAUCUUCAAAUAAAUCGCAGCAAUGGAAACGUUGAAGCCAAGUCAAUUCGCACAAAAUAUUUUCUGAAGUUUCCAGACCACAAAGACUUAUAUAAUGCAGAAAUGGCAUGGGAAGGGCGUUUCUUGAAGGUAAUGAAAACCUUAAAGACCGCUUUUCAUGACAAGGACGUUGAUCUGUUUUAUAGCGCAGGGCGUAGUAUAAACGAUAGCAUAUUGGAAUCGUCGGAAUCAGAUAUUAAGCUCGUUUCAGUAUCCAUCAUACUUAUGAUAAUAUUCUGCACGUUUACCCUUGCUAAAUUUCGCGAUCAAGUUUCUGGUCAUUUUCUUCUUGGAAUGGGUGGUAUCGGCACCUUAAUUCUCGGAAUCGGGUCUGCUUUCGGUUUCGUUAUUCUCAUGGGAAACCCCUAUAUUGGUUUUGCUGGAGUGCUACCUUUUCUUGUUCUCGGUGUAGGGAUUGAUAAUAUUUUCAUAAUCACAGACUGCUUCGAUCGUCAAGACCCAAAGUUGCCGGUAGCCGAAAGAAUUGCAACAUCAUUGAGUCGAGUGGGUGCUUCUAUUACCAUGACAACAGUAACAGAUUUAGUUGCUUUUGGAGUUUCUACAAUAACAGAUUUUCCAGCCAUAAAAUAUUUUUGUUUAUAUGUCGCGCUGAGCAUCACGUUUUGUUAUAUCCUUGUGGUCUCGUUGUUCACGGCUUUGCUAGCUGUUGAUGCAAACAGAAUUCAAAAAGGACGAAAAGACUUCUUACCUUGCAUGUCAUUGCAGAAUAAUGACAGCAAGAAUACUGACAAUAAUAAUAACAACGAUAGAAAAGAAGAUGACGAAUCGCUUACUAAUAAGAUGAUGGCCAUAUACGGCACGCACUUAAUGAAGCUACCAAUCAGAGUGUUUGUUAUUAUGAUGUCUGUUAUUUUAUUGGCCGUCAGCUGUUAUGCUUCGACCAAUGUUGAUCAAAGUUUUGAUGCACUUGAUCUUGGACUUGAUGGUUCAGUUUAUUCGAACUUCUACAGCUAUGGAGUAAAAGGGUAUCCUACCAGCUUUCAGAUUAACAUAAUUCUCGAUCACCCAGUUAAUUACGCCAGCAAAGAUAUCCAGGAGAGAUAUGUUAAUUUAAGUACAAUUGCAUGUCAAAAUCAAUAUAUCAAAAACUUCACAUUAAAUUGGAUGAAGGAGUAUUUAAGUUGGGCAGAACACAAAAACAAAACUACAAUAGGAAGAGAAUUUUAUAAGAAUUUAGGGGAAUUUUUAAAAGAAAACAAGCAAUUUUUAGUAGAUUUAAAAUUUGAUUCUUCCGGAAAAAUAAAUGCUAGUCGGAUAAUCGUGUAUAGUGGCGACGAUGAUCAUUCUUUAGUACGGAGAGACGAAAUGGUUAGCCUGAGGAAAGAUUUAAAAUCGAAAACAACACUACCCGUUUAUGCAAUAUCGCUUCGCUUUAUUUAUAUGGAGCAAUUUGUGAUCAUCUUAAGAGACACGAUUCGAAAUUUAUCCAUAUCUUCAGCCGCCAUUUUAAUUAUAACUCUACCAUAUUUAGCAAAUCCCUUAGUAACAAUUUUUGUUUUCCUGGGCUUUGUAAGUCUUAUUUUUGAACUGCUUGGAAUGAUGUACGUUUGGCACGUUUCACUGAAUUCAAUAUCGAUGAUUGUUAUUGUCAUGGCGAUUGGAUUUGCUGUUGAUUAUUCCGCACAUGUUGCACAUGCGUUUGUCAUAUCCAACGAGGCAACGCCUACAAAAUGUGCUAUUGAUGCUUUAAGAACGAUGGGAAAAAGCGUUCUUAUGGGAGGCUCAAGUACUUUUGUUGGUAUCUUAAUCACAGCAUUUGCAUCCAGUGAGAUAUUUCGGAUAUUUUUUAAAAUGAUGUUUGGAAUCAUUACACUUGGCCUGUUACAUGGCUUGCUGUUCCUUCCCGUGUUGUUAGCAACUUUUUGUAAACCACCUCAUCUCGAACAGAAACAACUGCAAACGUAUAGAAAAAGCACUGUGGCACCAACAUGCUCCAGCAAAAUACAAAGUAGCUCAUCAUGAACACAAUAAAUUUCCUGGUCGAAUCCUGCAUUAAAAGAUCUUGGACUAAUUGUCAAGUUUACUAAUAUUAAACAUUCCGAAUCGAAAUACACAAACACUUUAUGUGGUCAAAUAUUUCAACAGUUAAAUAUAACUUCUACUUAUUGUACAAAAUCCUUAGUUGUUAAAAUUUUUUAGGUCUUUAAAAGUGUAUAUUUUACUUUCAAUAACUAACUAUAUCGCAGCAGGCUGUGAUAACGUUGUUAAUUUACUUCAUGACGCAGCGUUUUGUAUUGUUUUUAAAUAACGAAUAGCCCUUAUGCAUUUAUUAUGCGAUAAUUUUUAUAUAAAAAUAGCUAGCAUAAAAUAUUUUACAUAGAGAGUUAGAUCGAGGAAACAUAACGGCAAAAUGGUAGGAUGUUUAUGUAACGAGGUUGUAUCAGAACAGAGUGGCUCUAAACUGAAACUAUUAACAUUUAAGUAA